AAAAGAAAAACAAAAAUUAGGGUUUGAAUAUAAAUAGCAACAUAAACCCAACCUCUCCCAAAUCUCCCACUAUCUUCUUCGCGAAGCAGAUCAAAAACCCUAGCAAGACAAGGAUGGCAGCUGUACCAGGGCAAUUGAUAUGGGAGAUAGUGAAGAAGCACAACUCGUUUCUGGUGAAGGAGUUUGGGAACGGAACCGCCAGCGUUCAGUUCAGCAAGGAGCCUAACAAUCUCUACAACCUCAACUCCUACAAGCACUCUGGUUUGGCAAACAAGAAAACAGUGACCAUCCAACCUGUGGGCAAAGAUCAAUCUGUGUUGCUUGCUACAACCAAGACCAAGAAACACAACAAGCCUGCAGCUUUGCUUCACAAGUCUGUCAUGAAAAAGGAGUUCCGCAGGAUGGCUAAUGCAGUGGCAAACCAGGUGGGAGAUAAUUACUACAGGCCAGAUCUAAAGAAGGCUGCUCUUGCUAGGUUGAGUGCUGUGCACAGGAGCCUGAAAGUUACAAAAUCCGGUGCCAAGAAGAGGAAUAGGCAGGCUGUGAGGACUCCUUGUAGGAAGUGAGUCAGAGGGUUUGAUAAAUUGUAUUGUGCUGCCUCUCAUCUAGUUUUCAUUACUGGUAGCAUUUGGGUAUCUGGAUUCUCUUUUUUGUUUUGAUCUCCAUUUUGCGUUGACUUCUGUUUCUUGGGAUGCCUUUUUUUUUCCUUAAUUUCCAAAGAGAUGUAGUUUGGCUUUUUACCUAAUUAUUUUGAAUUAUUAUAUGGUUAUUUUUGGGUAGUUGCAUUUUGAACUCAA